AUGCUUUUCGCCGAUAAUGGGUCGUACAAUGAAGCGGCAUUGCUCACAUCGGAACAUUAUGAAACAGCUGCUAUGAAUUUCAACGGAACUUCGGCGUCUUAUGUGGGAGGAGGAGUUUUGAUUCUAAAAACAUUAGCGGGAGAAUCAGUAGAAGUUAUUACUGAACCAAAAUCAAAUAAAACAAUUGAUAUAAUUGACCGAAUCAAAACUAUCGAUGCCCAUGACAUAACCACAAUCACCAUCAAAUAG